CACAAACUCUCAUUCAUCUGAUUCUUCUUGCACUUUAAAUCCCAAGAACUGCAGCAAAUAAAGAGAGAAUUCUAACGAUGUCAUCGGCGAUUGCUCAACUCUCAUGUUUCUCUUCCGUAAUUUACAACCGCCGACUGCAGCUCAACUGCGGAUCAUAUUCCCGCACCGCCAGUUUUGGCCGCGGAAGGGUUUCAAAUGUUAUGAGCAGUGAUGGACGUGGUAGUGAAGUAUCCAACUUGGCUGAUAAGACCACGCCAAGUUACGUAGAAGAUUCAUCAAAAUCACAUGGGAGCUCUACAAAGGCAGAUCCCCUUACAGAAGGUUUUGUUAUUGGAGAAUCGAAUGGGCGCAUACAGGAACAAGUCAAUAGCCAACCAAAAAGGGGAGCAAAGAUUCACGAUUUUUGUUUUGGGAUCCCCUUUGGCGGGCUUGUCCUAAGUGGGGGACUUCUUGGCUUUAUUCUCUCAAGAAACCCUGUUACUUUGAGCACUGGUGUGCUUUUUGGAGGUGCUUUAUUGGCACUUAGCACUUUCAGUUUGAAGGUUUGGAGACAAGGAAAAUCCAGCUUACCAUUCAUACUGGGUCAAGCAGUGUUUGACUCUAGCCUCUUCAAUAGGCUCAUGUCUAUGUUCUUAGGGCUUGUGCAUACUCUCUAUGGCCCUUCUGUGGAAGAAUGUUCAGGCCUAUUCACUGUCUAAAAGACUCUUCCCUGCAGUUUUUAAUGCUGUCAUCAGUGCUGCGAUGCUCUGCUUCUAUUCCUAUGUGGUGAUAUCUGGAGGUAAUCCUCCACCAAAGAAGUUGAAGUCUCCCGCAUCUGUUGAAUCAUUGUAGGCUAUCUAAAGAUGAGACAAUCUGUGGCUUUCAUUGGAAACAUUUGCUCUUUUGCCCGUGGAGGUAAGUUUAUAUGUGAGUAAGAUCAAAUUUUAUCAUUAUGGGAGUUUUCAAGUCUGAAUUUCAAGUACCUGAAGUACAUGUUGAGAUAGGAGCAAAUGAUGAUCAGGAUGUGUAACAUAGAUUUGUACCUCAACAAACGUAUAAUUAUGGAUAUAUAAUCAGAAACCUGCCUGAAUAAAUGUCAACUUUCCACUCUUGAGUUGUCAUCUAUGUAAUUCAUGUAGAAAUCAGUAUUGACCUGAA